AUGUCGAAAUAUAUCAAAUAUAUUCUUACUCCAAUUUGGGGUGGUGAAAAGCAAACGCCUGAUUGUUAUGAUUCUGAUGACGAUUCAGGGAAGCAGCUUGCCCUUGGGGUGCCUAUAGAAAAUGUGAACCCUUUGGGGUAUAACUUAGAUUACGUUACAGCAUAUUUCUUGGUUCUUCAAGGUAUGAUUGGUACAGGUAUUUUUGCUACCCCUGCUUCGGUAGUUGAUUCAAUUGGUUCCAUUGGCGCUAGUUAUGUGUUAUGGGUUACAGGAUUCUUUAUUGCACUCUUUGAGUUGUUUGUCUAUGUUGAAUUUAUUACGUAUUUCAAACGUCGUUCUGGGGGUGAUGUUGUCUAUUUGGAACAGGCAUACCCAAGACCAAAAUACUUGGUGGCAACUACAUUUGCAGCUGUCAAUGUUAUCUUAUCAUUUCAGACUCCAUCAGCUAUAGCGUUUUCCUCGUAUAUCCUUUCUGCUGCUAACUAUAAAGCAACUGCUUGGGAGCAAAGAGGUGUUGGUGUAGCCGUAUUGACAUUUGUUUGUGUAUUGGCCGUCGUCAACUCACGAGUUGCUCUCAAAAUUUCCAAUGUCAUAGGUUUCAUAAAAAUUGUAUUUGUGCUUCUCAUUGCCAUUACUGGUCUUGUCGUUCUCGGAAAUAAUACAAGAGUACGAAAUCCAACUCAAAUAUUUAGAGAUUCUUGGACUGGGGCUACUUCUGAUGGAAAUGCCAUUUCCACAGCUAUUCUUAAAGUUUCAUUUUCAUACAGUGGUACAGGUUAUGCCAUUUCGCUUGCUGGUGAAUCUGAUCCUAGAAAGACCAAAAAUAUGUUUAGGUAUUUCGUUCCAGCUGUAAUGUUUUCUGUUUUUGUCUUGUAUAUUUUAUUGGUGACAGCUUACUAUUCUGGUAUCAAUGAUAUUGAUGAAAUCAAGGGAUCUGGAACUUUGAUUGCUGGCGUCUUCUUCGACAAAGUUUUUGGUACAAGUGCAUCUAAAAAGGCCCUUAGCGUGAUGGUUGCAUUUUCUGCCUUGGGCCACUUGCUUGCAUCCAUUGUUGGGCAUUCUAGAUCUUUAAGAGAGUGUGGGAGACAAGGUGUUUUGCCAUAUUCUCAUUUAUGGACAACUACAAAACCGUGGGGAACCCCUGUUUUACCUGUUGUAGCUGCAUAUAUUGUUAAUAUUAUUGUUUUGCUUGCCCCUCCUCCCGGUGAUGCUUAUAAUUUUAUUGUUGAUGUUGGAUCUUACGCGAGUUAUAUUUUCAAAUUGGCACUGGUUGUUGGUUUACUCUUGGUGAGACGCGAUAGAAAAGCCGCUGGAUUGUCAUUCCAAGGAUUUAAGGUUCCUCUUCCAAUUCUUAUUGUUACAAUUUUAUAUGAAGUGUUUGUCAUUGCCAUGGCGUUUGUACCACCUAAAACAGGUUUAAUUGGCUCUGAUGUAUCCUUUUUCUACGCUACUUAUGCAUUGACUGCAAUUGGGAUAUUGAUUUUGUGUGUUAUUUACUACUACAUCUGGGCAAAGGUAUUACCAAAGCAUUUCCGCUACCAUCAUAGAACUCUUUACUAUACUUUGGAAAAUGGUGAGAAGGGGCAUACUGUUGUUAAAGUCCCAUACGAUCAGGUGGAGGAGUGGGAUGCAACCCACGAUUCAAACGGUAAAAAACUUGAAUCUGAUGACUCUAAGUCUGAUAUCGCUAUCAAAGUUGAUGCGCUUGAGUUAAAUAAAUAUUAA